UUAAAAAUUAAGCAAACAACAAAAGAAUGUGUAAUUAUUCAAAUUGAACUAUGUAAAUUAGUUUUCGAGACACGUCAUCGAAUAUUAGCGAAGAAAUAAAUGUCAAGAAUGACUGGUCAAAUUUUUGACGAACACAAUAGACCCCCUAUUAUCUUGUCUUUAUGGAAUAGGACCUUUGGUUCAUGACUUUUCUGUCAUGAAUCUGAAAUAAUUAACAUCAUUAAAAAUCUGCAAAUUUGAAUUACAUUUUCGUAUAAUUAACUUAAGUCUUGUCUUAAUUUCUAACUUAACAUUUUAUGUAUGAAAACGUACAAAUUCUGGAGAUUGAAUCUGUUUGUGACAAGUUGCUGUGCAAAUGCAAUAAAGGAGAUUGGAAUUAGUUUCACUGAUAAGAUUGUACUAUACCUUACAACUUGUAGUUGAAUAAUUUACUGUGGUUUAUAGGUAAUAAUAUUCUGAACAAUUUAUUUUCUCUAACAAAUACUGUAAAUACUAGAACUUAUAAAAAGUGUAUUAAAAAUGAAACAUGUUUCAUGAUAAAAUAGUAAAUAGUUGUUUGCUUAACUGUUAUCUAUUGCAUUCAUUUUUUUCAGUGAAAAAUGACAAUGAUAAUACUAGUAAUUUUUGAGAUAACAGUUACAUAAGAAGCUAAAUAAAUAUAUAUUAUUUCCAUAACUAUACGAACAUUGUCAAUAUUUUAUUCUUUUUAUUAUAGUGACUCAUAGAUAAUUAAAACAGUGGCAAAUAAUGAUAAAACAUUCAAUUUAAUGGAAUCACGAGGUAAAGACAAUAUGCAGGGGUCUUAUCUACACUUUGCAAAAGAAUACUGUAUACAGGGUGUCUCAUGCAACUGGGUCAAACUUUAAAAUAUGUCAGCUUCAAAAGCAGAAUUUUUUCAAACAGAAUUUUGUACUUUGCUAUACAUUAAUCUAAGCGUAUUUUAAUUCUCUAUAAAAAAGUAUAAAGUAACAGUGGUCGAAAAUUGAUUAGUUCAAAAGAUAUCUUAGGGAGAGACCGUCAAUCUCUCCCGGUCUCUCCCUAAGAUAUCUUUUGAACUAAUCGAUUUUUGACCCAAGUGCCUUAAUACUUUCUUAUAGAGAAUUAAAAUACGCUUCAAUUGAUAUAUAACAAAGUAUACAAUUCUAUUUGACAUCUCUGAAACACCUCCACUUCUGGUACCAAUACAUGCAUCUCACGAUGCUCUAUUAAACACUAUUUAAUUUUUCCUAAUAACAUUUUUUUCUAGCUUCGUCGAUUAUAGAGUUAUAGGUGGACCCAGUUGCAUGGGACACCCUGUAUACCAUGUUGACGAGCAAACCGAGUUCAUGAGCCUGCUGUUAGUAGCAUCCUCGUCAAUAUAGUUUUGUCCGGUGAACCGUUUCGUUCGCGUUGCCUUCUCCUCCGAUUAGGGCACGUUAUCCAAGCAAAAGAACAAGCUUUCUUUAAUUAAGAAAUCAGUGUAUUCAAACUAGUUGAAAGAAAUAAACUCUUUCAAUAAAAAGAGAUAUUGAAAAGUGAAGAUGGAAGUGUCAAGUUUAUUGGUGACUAUUAUUCUAACCAAGUGAUAAUCCUUCAGCUUCUCAAAGAGUUGCGAGAAAAAGAGAAAGAAAAAGCUAAGAUUACCGUAAAAGAGUGCGACAGAGCAACGGUAACCGAUCAGUUGUUAGAAGAAAUCGGUGUGAUGUUGCGUAUUCAUACGGUGUGUAGGACAAAAUAGGAACGUUCACCGUGUGCCUUUGCUCCAGGGUCAUGGCUGUUAAAGAAUGGUUCAGAAGAUUGCAGCCGGUCCAGUUGUACCUAGUCCUGUUCUUCACAACUGCUUUCUUCCUCGUCGAGAUCGUUGCCAGUCAUGUGACUCACUCACUGACAUUACUUCUCAAUGCCUAUCACAUGCUAUGCAACAUCGUUGCACUUGUUGGGUGCAUCGCGUCCAUCAAGUAUUGCCGUCGUCAAAGCGGUAGCAGUUAUAGUGGAAACAGUACUUCCAGUUCCCUACGAAAUUCCGCAAUUUGUAUAAAUGGCGAAGAACGAGGUUCCUCGACAUCUUUGUCGACAAAGACCAAGCAAUCAAGAUCAGACAGAAGAAUGAAGAACACUUUUGGAUGGGCCAGAAUAGACAUCGUUACAAUGCUGGCCUGCUGCGUUUUACUGGCGUCAUUUUGUUUUUCAUUACUGGUCGAAGCUUUGCAGACUCUGGUGCACAUUGAUCAUCUGGACGAAAUGCAUCAUCCGAUGCCUGUUUUAGCGAUCGGUGCAUCCGGUAUUCUCUUAAAUGCAUUCUGUGUCAUACUGAUCGGAGGAUACACUUUUAAUCAGGGAAUCGUUUUGCAUGUCACCAUGAACGGGGACGUGAUAUUUCGAAGAAAUGUUAGUUCACAGCAAACAAAGGAAGGUGAACAGCAGUUAUCGUCGCAAACCAGAAGGAGUCCACUGGGAAUACCAAAAAGUCAAAGUUUUCGCGAAACCUCUCGUGACGUUCUUGGCUGCGUUUUCGUAAUCCUGGUGUCCAUUUUAGUAUAUUUCACUGACUCGGAUGUGGCCAAGUACAUCGAUCCUCUAUUUGCCAUUAUUUCAUCAAUUUCCCUUUUCGUCCUUAGUUAUCCAUACAUGAAAGAAUCUGGCUUGAUAUUGCUUCAAACGAUACCGAAUCACAUAAAUAUCGAUUCCCUUAAAAGGGAAUUACAGGAAGCUUUUCCUGGCAUUGUGAACGUUCAUGAUCUGCAUGUAUGGCAAUUAACAGGACAGAAAAUAAUAUCUACGGUUCAUAUUAUAUUCUUGGAUCCAAUGGUUUAUGCCAGUAUUACCGAUCAAGUGACUGCCUUCUUUAUAGAAAUGGGUAUAACUCAAGUUACUAUACAACCAGAAUUCUAUAAGAUGAAACCAAACAUGGGAAGAACUGGUUGUUUGAUUCGCUGCCACGGUGAGCACUGCAGUUCCUCGCAAUGCUGUUCCAAAGAAAAAUUCAUAGACGAUUCGUCCUCCGAUCUAUCGGUUAAGAAACAAGGACAAUCUAUAAAUAGGAAGUUGGAAAAGAAAGAAAUUGUCCCAGCUUCGUCAUCGAUCGAUCUGAAGAGAUUCAUCACCCACGAUCAAGAAAGUGCUUCGCAAUCUCAUCAACUAAGAGACGAUAGAUCAAACGAUGGACAAACACAAAAUAAUAGUGAUGAUAUUAUUGAUGAUAGUUCCUGUACUAUAAAUGUAGAUAUUAGUGAACGAAUAUCCAGUACCAUUCCUAGUCAAAACACCGCAUCAUAACGUUUUAUUUAAAUCGUGACUAGUUACGAAGAAAAGUAUUUCUUCUAUUUUUAUUCAUAGACAAGAAACUUCAUUUUUCGAAUGUUCCCUCCAAACUGAGCACGAUAUGAAGUGUUCCAGCGCAUAAUAAAUAUUCUGUCAUUUGAAAAAUCAA